AUGAAUGAGCUCGAGGCCAUCCUGACGGAAGCAAAGGAACUUCGUGAUCUUCUUAGCAUACCACCUGGAAAUACUACAUGUUUAGGGUGGCCAGCCGUACCAACAACCAUUGUUCCUCCGACCACAGUGACAUCACUUUCCACUUCAAAGGUUUUCGGUCGCGACAGGGAUCGCGAUCGAAUAGUAGAUUUUCUUCUUGGCAAGACAACAGCUGACGAGGCAAGUUCAACUAGGUACUCGAGUUUGGCCAUUGUUGGAGCGGGGGGUAUGGGGAAGUCCACCUUAGCGCAGUAUGUCUACAAUGACAAGAGGAUAGAAGAAGGCUUUGAUGUCAGGAUGUGGGUCUGCAUCUCACGCAAGCUUGAUGUCCGUCGUCACACAAGGGAGAUUAUUGAGUCUGCAACAAAUAGGGAGUGCCCAUGUUUUGAUAAUCUUGAUACUCUCCAGUGCAAAUUACGUGACAUACUGCAGAAUGAGACAGAGUGGUUUCAACUCCUGGAUCCAUUAAUCUCUAAACAGUCGGGAAGCAAAGUUUUGGUGACUUCUCGACGUCCAAUGCUUCCGGCUGCUAUUUGCUGUGAACAAGAACAAGUUAUUCUUUUGGAAAACAUGGAGGAUGCCGAUUUCUUGGCACUCUUCAAGCACCAUGCUUUCUCAGGAGCAAAAAUUGGAGACCAGGUUUUGCGUAGUAGUAGGCUCAAACAUACUGCAGAGGAGAUUGCUAAAAGGCUUGGAAUGUGUCCAUUGGCAGCAAAAGUUUUGGGUUCCCGGUUGAGCUUAAAGAAAGAUAUUGUUGAAUGGAAUGCUGCUCUAAAGCUCAGAGAUUUAAGUGAGCCCUUCACAGUUCUCUUGUGGAGUCACAAGAAGUUAGAUCCACGUCUACAGAGGUGCUUCUUGUAUUGCGGCUUAUUUCCAAAAGGUCAUAGAUAUAGACCUAAUGAUUUGGUUCAUCUUUGGGUAGCAGAAGGCUUUGUUGGUUCGUGCAAUUCGAGUAGAACAUUGGAAGAUGUUGGGAUGGAUUACUUCAAUGAUAUGGUCUCUGGAUCUCUCUUCCAAAUGGUUUCUGAAAGGCAUGGUUCGUACUAUGAUUCGUACUAUGUCAUGCAUGAUAUCCUUCAUGAUUUAGCAGAGUCACUCUCUAGAGAAGACUGCUUCAGAUUGGAAGAAGAUAAUGUGACAGGAAUACCAUGCACUGUUCGACAUCUAUCAAUUCGUAUUGAGAGCAUUCAAAACCAUAAGCAAAUUAUCCACAAGUUAUAUCAUUUACGCACUAUUAUCUGCAUUGAUCCACUAACAGAUGAUGCAAGUGAUAUUUUUUAUCAGAUGGUGAACCUGAAGAAGUUACGUGUAUUGUAUUUGUCAUUUUACAACAGUAGUAAGUUGCCUGAAUCUAUUGGUAGGCUGAAGCACCUUCGGUAUUUGAACCUUAUCAGAACGUUAAUUUCUGAAUUGCCUAGAUCAUUAUGUACUCUUUACCACUUGCAGUUACUUCAGUUAAGCCCAAUGGUGGAGAGGUUGCCUGACAAGCUUUGCAAUUUAAAAGGUCUGAGACCGUCACCCCAACUUAGUCGCCUCACAAUCGAAGGCUACAAAUCUGGGACAUAUCCAAGGUGGUUACUUGAGCCAUCCUAUUUUGAAAAUUUGGAAAGUUUUAAGCUUAACGGCUGCACUUUGUUAGAAGGCCUACCACCUAAUACUGAGCUCCUACUGCAUUGCUCUAGGCUGUGUCUAAAAAAUGUUCCAAAGUUGAAGAUAUUACCAGCAAUGCUUACAAAAUUGUCAAUUCAGAAGUGCCCACUGCUUAUGUUUGUCUCCAAAAAUGAGCUCGACCAGCAUGAUUUGAGGGGAAAUAUAAUGAAGACAGAAGACCUGGCAUCUAAACUUGCAUCAAUGUGGGAGGUCAAUUCGGGAUCAGAUAUUAGGCCCAACCACCAGCCGGCAAGUCCAAGGGAGAUUGACCGAGAGUUACAAGAGCAGGCUUGGGCGCUGCUCCCGGAUUUGGCAAAGGAUUUGAACAAGCUCAAGGAUCAACAGGAGCGCUCAGGUGCAGCGGCGUGCAGCACCACCAUCAAUCCUCGCCCAGAGCUGGGGCGCUCAGAUGCAGUGAAGGGCAGAACCGUCAUCAAUUCAGCCUGCCAAAAGCCAGACAACGCGAUCCCCAAAUCCAUCGACAGGGAGCUCCAAGAAUGUACGGUCAUUGAAGUGGAUCUCCUCCGCUCCAGGAUUCCGGCGAGCCAGAAGGGGAAAAGCGUGCAGGGCGAGGAAGGGAUUCAUGGCGGCCAGGCUACUUCAUCAGCUACGCCGGCGCAGACAACCCGCUUCAAUGAGCACUCUACUUCAGCGAGCACGCGUCUGAAGGCGCAUCAACUCGACAUCGCCAUCAGUGAAGAGGGAUGGGAGCCAGCCAAGCUGCACCGUCGUAAGAGAGCUGAUUGA